AUGGAGGAGUUAAAAGACAACAGUUUGCAUUUAACUGCAGACAAAUUAGCAGAAGAACUACAUAACAUGGAUAACUUUAAUAGAUUUUAUGAAGAUUUUCAGGUAUAGUACACAAGUAUUUUAUAAUCGUAUAUCUAUCUACCUUAAUACAUAGAUAAUUUAAAAAUUAUUUCAUGUAUGAAAGUAAUAUUUUGUAGAUACCUGAGUAAUGAAUGCGCUUUUUCUUUUUUAACAAAUUCAAUUUUUAUUUUAGAAUAAAAUUAUCAGCCUUGUAUAGGCUAAUACCCAAUAUUUUUUUCAAAAAUAAAUAAUUUAAAAAAUCAAAUAAAAAAAUACGGACAUACUUCACGUCUUUGUAUGAUAGUUGGGCCACUGUUAAAGGUGAGACGCUGGAUAGGUAGGAUAUAGAAGGAAAUUUAAUUUACAUCUGUUCUUAUUGCUUAACGAUAAACCAUUGCUAACAAAAAACAAUUCGGAACGCAGUUUCUUUUAUACGUGUACGUACAUGUCCCCGUUUUUUCCAACGAUUAUGAAAACUGCUUGGAAAAUCAAAAAAUUUGUACUACUUAAAUAAAAUUUCCUUUCGAGAAAGGUUCUACACUCGAAGCAAGAUUACUGGUACAAAUUCACUAAACUGGUACCUAUUCACAAAUUGUUAAUAUUAUUGUAAAACGCUCAGAGUCUAAAAUUUUACAUUAUCAUAGUAAAACCAAAACUAAUAAAUAAUAUUAUUAUUCUAUUUAUUCAGUUAUACAUUAAAAAAUAUUGUAUAUAUUAUAGAACUAAAAAUUCUCAUUAUUCAUUAUAAUAUUACAUUUUUCACCAUUUAGUUGUAUUUUUCUUCCUAUUAUCCUUCAUCUUCAACCCAACUAUUUUGAGUCUGUCACCUGUAUCUUAAACUUCCAUUUUACCCUAUCCCUCACAUCAUCCUUGCAUACAAGACUGUCCUUGUCCCUUAUUUCAUUCUCAAUCGCAUUUAAAUACUUCUUUUUUUGAUCUUCCUCUUCCCCUAUAUCUGAUUAACACUUUUUUUUACAUAAAAUAAUUAAUUUGUGAUCAAUUCCACUAACUCUUAGGAGUUAAAUAGUACUCUUUUUCUAAAAUACAUGUUAAUAACUGAAUAGGUCAUAAUAUGGUAAUAUGCUUACUCAAAAAUCACAGUCGUAGUUAAAAUAUAGGCAUAAAAUAAGUAGUGUCUGUAUAUAAACAAUGCUGUUAUUUUAUUUCAACUAUUUACCUAAUAAUAUAUUUGUUUUACAUUUUAUGCAUUAGGUGUUAGCUGCAUCUCAUGACGUAUCCUUAUACGAGUUUAAAAACAAUUUAGUUCAAGCUGUGAAUAAAGGUAAUAUGGAAACAAAUCUCCGAAACGCUAUAUUUCAUUGGUUAAGAAAUCAUGAAAACAAUCAACAGUCGGUGAUUAGGGAUGAAAUUACAAGUAGAGAAUCGUUAGAUUAUUUGAAGAAAGCCCAAGUAAUGUACAUAAUAUUAUGUUUACGUACAAUAUUAUUAUGAAAUAAUACAAUUUUAUAACUACCUAUUGUUUCUUUAAACACAGAUAACGUGGGAAAAAAGGAUACAAAAAUCAUUGGAAUCUUUAUGUAAAGAAAUAGGUAUAAAUUCAUCUUGUUAUAGAUCGAGAGGAGAUCAAGAAGAAAUGUUACAAAAAUGGAACGAACUCAGUACAUAUAAUACAAGUAAAAUAUUUUAUUAUUUUUAAUGUGUGCUAAUUUAAAAAAACAAUAAAAGAAAGGACAGACAUACUUCGCACGUGGGUGCAGCUACUGUUGUAGGUGGAAAGUUAGGAAGCAGCGAUGUGUAUGCAACCAUAAACCAUUGCUUACGAAAAAGACGAUUCUGAGCAGAGUUCAGUUGAUAGUGUUGCUUUGCCAACAAUAAAAUAUAUAGUAUAUAUCAUAUUAUGGUAAAAUGAUUAUAACAAUAUACGUUUUUAUGAUAACAAUAAUUGUUUAAAAAAUAUUAAAAUGAUAAAAACUUAUAAUAAUAAUAAAAAAUAAAUAAAUACGAUUGCCAAUGACAACCUUAUUUUUAAUCUCUCAAUAUUUUUUAACCUAGACUAAAUUUUUUCUCAUUUAUAGACGUUUUAAUCUUGCGAGUUUUUCACGUUAUUUUUAUUCGGUAGGUAGGUACUCUGUGGAUAAAACUGUUAGACCUAACAGAAAUGUUUGAAAAUUUAACAGGAAAUUCAUUAUAAGUCGUACUUAGUGUUCACCAAAAAAAAAAAAUUUUGUGUAAUAUAGAAUUUUAAUAUCAAAUUUUGACGAAAAUCAUAAAUAUUACAGCCUUUCAAAACAUGUAUAACCGAUCUCCGCUCAAAAUAGUUUUUUGUUUGUAAUGAUUAAACGUUGCGUACAGAUAUAUAUUAUAUUUUCCUUUAUAUCCUACCUUCCCAAAUUUCCAUCUUCAACAGUGGCCCACCAAUCGUGCGAAAUAUGUCCGUAUUUUUAUUUUUUAUUUUUAUAAUCUGCAUAGGUAAUGUUUAUGCAUAUCAUUUUAUUUUUAAGGUUUAGAAAGAUUGAGACCAGUGUAUGCACCAAAAGAUUUUUUAGAAGUACUAUUUUCGUUGCAUAAUCCUAACUAUCGGAUGAUAUCGUGAGUACAUGUAGGCAAUUUAUAUAUACAAUACCUUUGCAUACAUUUUCCCAGAAGAAAAAAAUGAUUUGAUAACAAAAAAAUAUUUAUGAACAUUCUAUUAUUAUAAUAUAUUUUUUCACUACUUUAGAGAAAUUAAAAAAUUAUGCUAACAAACUUAUGAAAAAUACCAGUUAAUUACUAUAAAAAUAACAAAAUUAUUAUAUGUUAGUAAUUACUAAUUUAUAAUACUGUGAAUUACUAUAUACCCAUACAAUAUAUUAUUUUUUAAAUUUUCCAAUUAGAUUUCUCUUUCUAAUUUGAAGUUAAAAUCAAUUGCAAAAAUCAUCUAAAUAUAUUCAUUUACUGGGAUUUUAUAAAAAAAAAAAAUGCUGGUUAUUUCUAUUCUAAAUACUCCCACAUUACACCUUAUAUUUAUCGACAAAUGUAAAAAUACUAAUUAAAUCAUAUAUUUAGAGACGAUAUGAUUUGGGACUUUACAUACUUACCGCUCAAAGUUAAAACCCUUUCAGAACUAGUAAGUUUUUAAAAAUAAUAUUAUAUUUUAACAAACUGUGACCUAUCUAAAAUAUUCUCCAAGGAAGGAUAUGUCACUGUUAAAGAAGACACUAGUUACAAUUAUACACGCAUAAUAAUUUUAUUUUUUGAUUUUAGAGAUACCAUUACAAAGAUUUGGCCACAGCUGAUUUGCUAUUAGGUUUAUCAACAUUAACAACGGGGGCAGGUAGUUCACUGUCACAAGGAGAACAAGACAGAAUUAUUAGAGGAGAAGAAGGUAAAAUAAAAAUUAUAAUUUGUAUAAUUAUUAUAAUAAAUUAUAAGAUUUAGUUAAAAGUAUAUAAGUUUUUAGUUUUAGCACAUCAAGAUUCACCAUUAUGUCGAGAGUUUUUAAAAUUGGGUGCACCGCGCAGUCUCCGGGGUAGACUCUGGUCACAAAUACUUGGAUCUAAUGCGAAGUCGUCGGUAAAUUAAAAUUGUUUAGGUACUAUUUUUUAGUCUCUAUUAAGUGAUUCAAUGAACAGGAACAAAAAAGUUAUUAACUUGUGUAGUAAUUUAUUAUAUUUAUUGUAGGAAUAUGAUUACUUGGAACUCAAACAACGUGUAUUACAUUAUGAUAUUUUGAUAGACAAAUUGAUCACGAAGGAUGUUCAACUGACAGCAUGCAAUGACGACCAGUACUUUGUGUUCGAAGACGUCUUGUAUCAGGUAAUAUUUGAAAACAAUUUGUAUCAAAAUAAUGUGUCAUUUAAUGAACACUAUAAUUAUUACAUAAACUUACCUUACUUCUUCUCCUUCUUCAAUUUCAAAACAACUAUUUGGGAUCGGCCACCCUCAUCCUAAACGUCUACUUGACCCGAUCUAUCACAUCAUCCUCUCAUACACUCACAUAUUUUCUCGCCUCCAGCCACACCUUUUUCAUUCUUCCUCUCUCCCUCUAUCCCUCUUUCCUCUUAUGUUUAUUCUCAUUACAAUUCUUACUGCUUCUGAUCCCUUUCUCCUCGUGAUAUGCCCAAACCAUCUCAGUCUAUUUUCUCUCAUUUUGUCUAAAUAUCGAAAUAAACUUACUUUACCCAUCUACCUAAAUAUUUGUUUAGAUAAUGUUGUGUUUUACUCGUGACACUGGUGUGUUGUCCGUAUUUAAUAGUUCGACUAGCCGUCCGAUUUUAAUGUGGUUGAUAAGUAAACCACUUAAGGAGACGACGUAUCCUUCAAAUGGCAUAAUACCUUUUCACGGUUUCACAAUGUACGGUAAGCACAAUAGCAUAGAACAUAGAGAAAUUAUAAAGAAUUUUAUUCCCCUCACCCAAACUUGAGUCUUAACUUUAAAUUUUUUAAGUUAUACAUUAAUUUUGCUUGUUUUUUGUGAAAAAAAAUAUAAUCUAUACUAGUUAUUGAUUUAUUAAAUGCCUAGGUACCUAAAUUGAAUAAUAUUCUCAUUUUUAAUAUGAUGUAGAGAGCUUUUUUCAUCCUAUAAACGAUAAUUAAGAAUAUCUGUACAAAUCUAUCCAUAACAAAAUAAAACAUUCAUAAAAUAUAAAAGCACAAUUUGCUGGUAACAUUUACGAGUAUUUUAUACAAUAAUUCAUAUAAAUUUAUUUAAUUUUAUACUCGUAUUUUAUAUUAUUAUUAUAUUCAAAUAAAACAUAAUACACACUAUAUAACAUAAACAAGUCAUGAAAUAUCAUAAUAUUAUUAAUACAGUGAUAUGGCACUGAUAUAUGGACCUGUACAGAGUAAUUAAAAUGAUACAUAGUAUGUUUAAUUUCGAGAGCCAACGAUCUAGUAUUCGAUUGAACGGUUGAUCAAUUGACCCUUUAACCCCCCCCCCCCUCUUAAAAAAACCUUACUGCCUAUUGGACACCCAAUUGAAAAAAGUAAUUGUGUCUGUUUUGUACAAACAUAUUUUUACUACUGAAAAUUAUUUUUUUAGCUAAAAUAAUUACAUUAACUACAUUAAUUAUUUAUUUAUUUUAUUUGUUAAUAAUUAACGAACUGUAUCCUUUAAAUACAAUAGGUAAAUACAUUUAGAAUAUAGAAAUAAUAAUAAUAAUAAUUAAUAAUGGCAAUAAAAUACGAUUAUAUAGUAAAUGAAAUUACAGGAAUGAUAAUUAAACAAGAAAGAAAGGAUCUUCAUUGACGCUAGAUAUUAAUAAUCUCAUUAGUUUGUAUUUAAAUUGGGAAAUUUGAAAGUGGAUAUUGGUGUAAAGUAAAAAAUUGUAAAACUUAACAAUUUCUAAGAGAUAAGAGAACGAGAAAGUCUAUGGUAUUUAAUAAUAAACCAUUCAAAAAAGUGACAAAAGACAGUAAGGUCGUCAUGAAGACAUUGAAUGCCUAAAAUACAACUUGCAUAUCUUAAGAAUUUAUGUUGGAUUCUUUCAAGCUGAAUAAAACCAUUAGCAUUAUUAGAAUCUCAAAUUAGUGAACUGAAUUCUAUUCCUUACUAAGGCACAAUCAGUGGCGUGCUCAGCUUUUUCCUAUGAGGGGGGGAUGAACUGUAUUUUUUUUUGUUGAUAGCUAUAUAGACAAAUUUACAAAAUUUACUUAUUAGUUAUUGGUUAUUGGUAUAUACAUAGAUAUUUUAGAAGUAGACAGUUAGGAACAAAUUACACUGUUAAUAUAUAAAUAUUUUUUUUUGAUUCUGAGUGUAGCGAAGAAUUUAUUGGUUUUACAAAGAUUAGAUUUAUUUUAAGAAAGAUUUAUUUUUUUAUACUGUAUACAAAAAUUCUAUCAGAAAUUUUGCUCUGAUGUAUACGAUGCAAACCCUUUUCUGAAAGGAAAUUUUCUUGAUGUGGUACUUUAGAGUAGUUAUUUUUUGAUUUUCCCAGCAGUUUUCCCAAUAAAAGAGAAAAAAUGGGGAAAAAUGUAAGAAAAACGGAAAGUUUAUGAAAAUAAUGCUAAUAUUAUUUUUUUAUUUUUUUAUUUACUGUAAUUCAGUUAGAAAUAUUCGUAGAAACUUGAAAUUUAAAAAGAAAACUUAUAUUUUUCUGAACGUGAUAAAAUUUUUAAAAAUUACAGCCAUUUUCGAGUUAUUUAUAGAUAUUUUAAUUUUGAGAGUUUUAUACGUAAUUUGUAGUCAGUAGGUACUCUGUGGUAAAAUUGUUAGACUUGAACAGAAAUUCUUCAAAAUUUAACAGGAGUUUCAUUAAAAGUCUUAUUUUGUAGUUAAAAAAAAAAAAAAAAUUGAGUUAAAUGUAGUUUUUUUUAUAAUAUCGAACUUUGAUAAAAAUUGUUUGAGUAAAAAAUUAUGCAGAACAAAUCUAAUUUUUCAAUUGAAGAAAUUGAAAUAUAAUUUAAAUCUUCAAUUAAUAUAAUUAAUUUAUAUAAUAUUACUUACUGCAAAUAUGUAGGUAUAUCUAUUUUCCAAAUAAAAACCCACAUGUAAUUUUACACCUUCCAUCAAUCAAUAUAGGUGUAUAAAAUUUCACACAAACUCGUCAUAUUAUUAAUUAAAAAUAAAAUAUUUUUUAUAGCUGCUCCAGUUUGUUACUUAUUCAACGACCCUGUUCCUUUAUACUUCACGUUCAGAGCAUUCUACCAACGAUACUGGUUCAGAUUACAUAAAAUAAGUUCGCAUCCACAAGGUAUACUAGGAUUAUGCAUUUUGUUUCAAAGACUUUUGCAGAGACACGAGACCAAAAUAUGGUCACAUUUCAUGAGCAACAAUAUUCACCCGUAAAUAUCAUACAAGUGUACAUAUACAUUAUAUUAUAUAAAUUUAAAAAAUAAUUACCUCGUGCUAUUAUAGCAUCAGGGUGGUUUUCAAAUGGCUCAUAAAAGGUUUCAGUGGAUUUUUACUCCCGGAACAAUUGCUCAACCUGUGGGAUAUGAUUCUAGCUUACGAUUCUUUAGAGGUAUUACCACUUUUGGCUGUUGCUAUUUUAAGUUUCAGAAAAGACAAUUUACUUCAAGUAAACACUUUACCAAAUAUUGAGGUGAGUAUUAUUUUGGUUAUAUUAAAUUGAAUAAUGUGCGUGUCUAUUAUUGUUGUUAUAUUAUAAAAAGGGAAAAUAUUUUUUGUUUUUUUCUAGUCGCUUCUGGUUGAUUUAUCAUCGCUGAAUGUAUUGUCUCUAUUACAAUUUACACUUAAAGGACCAAUAAAAAUGUAA